AUGGGGAAAGUGGUGGUGUGUGCGACGGUGAUCGGAGCUACGGCGGCAUGUGCGGUGGCGGCAGUAUUGAUUCAGCGGCACGUGAAGAAAUCGAAGCGAUGGGGAAAGGCGAAGGCGAUAUUGAAGGAAUUCGAGGAGAAAAGUGCGACGCCGACGUGGAAGCUGAAGCAGGUUGCGGAUGCAAUGGCGGUGGAGAUGCAAGCUGGUCUUGCUUCUGAAGGUGGUAGCAAACUCAAAAUGCUCAUCAGUUUCGUUGAUAAUCUUCCCACCGGGAAUGAGGAAGGACUAUUUUAUGCAUUGGACCUUGGAGGGACUAACUUUCGCGUAUUACGUGUGCAACUCGGCGGCAAGGAAAAUGGUAUUAUUAGUCAAGAAUUUACCGAGGUGUCUAUUCCUCCAAAUUUGAUGGUCGGGACAUCAAAAGAGCUCUUUGACUUUAUUGCAGCAGAACUUGUAAAGUUUGUUAAAGAAGAAAAAGAAGAUUACCAGGUUCCUACAGAUGGAAAGAGGCAGCUAGGUUUUACCUUUUCCUUUCCUGUCAUGCAAACAUCGAUUUCUUCUGGGAACCUUAUCAGAUGGACAAAAGGCUUCAGCAUUGACGAUACAGUUGGUCAGGAUGUUGUGGCCGAAUUGAGAAAUGCCAUUGAAAGACAAGGUCUAGAUAUGCACAUAACAGCUUUGGUCAAUGAUACGGUUGGGACAUUAGCCGGAGGGCGAUAUACAAACAAAGAUGUGUUUGCUGCUGUUAUUUUAGGUACCGGAACAAAUGCAGCGUAUGUGGAGAAUGCUCAAGCAAUACCAAAAUGGCAUGGUGAUUUGCCCGAGUCUGGAGAAAUGGUUAUCAACAUGGAGUGGGGAAACUUCCGGUCAUCUCACCUUCCAUUAACUGAGUAUGAUACUGCAUUAGAUGCUGAAAGUUUAAACCCUGGUGAUCAGAUUUUUGAGAAGCUAAUCUCCGGAAUGUACUUGGGAGAAAUUGUUCGUAGAGUACUUUUGAAAAUGGCUGAAGAAGCUUGGUUUUUUGGUGAAACUGUUCCUUCAAAACUGAAAGUUCCAUUCGUAUUAAGGACACCUGACAUGUCUGCCAUGCAUCACGACUCAUCUGCUGAUCUCAAUGUGGUCAAAACCAAACUGAUGGACAUUUUGGAGAUCUCUGAUACUUCCCUGCAAGUGCGAAAAGUGAUUGUUGAGUUGUGCAAUAUCGUUGCUACUCGUGGUGCUCGUCUUGCUGCUGCUGGCAUCUUAGGAAUUCUGAAGAAGUUGGGAAAAGAUGCCGUCAGUGAUGGUCAGAAGAAUGUGAUAGCCAUGGAUGGUGGACUGUACGAGCAUUACACUGAAUACCAAAAGUGCUUAGAAAAUACACUAAACGAGUUGCUUGGUGAAGAUGUAUCAGGAAGUGUUCUUGUUGAACACUCUAAUGAUGGUUCAGGAAUUGGUGCUGCACUUCUUGCUGCUUCUCAUUCUUGUUAG